AUGGCGCCCCCAGAAACCCUCUCAGAGGCGGCAGAGUUUCUAGGGGAGACCCAAGGGGCCCUCCCAGGGUUGAUGGCCCUCCAUGUGACUGUACCAGAGACACCCCCAAGGAGCCCUAUAGCUUGCUUGGUCGUGUUGUCCGUCCCAGGGGCCAUCCCAGGGGUGGCCAUCCCGCCCUCAGGGGCCCUCCAAGGGGCUACAGCAACCUUAGGUUCCUACAAGGAACGACACCCCAGGGGCCCUCCUAGGUGGGGCAGUGAUCCCAGGGGCCCUCUCAGGGGAGCUGGCGACCCUGGGAGCGGCGACGGCCCCAGGGGUCAUUCCAGGGGCGGCGACGACUCCAGCUGUCCUCCCAUGAGCAGUGACGAUCCCAGAAGCCUUCCCAGAACCGGCGGUGACCCCAGGGGCCCUCCAAGGGGCGGUGGCGCCCCAGAAACCCUCUCAGAGGCGGCCGAGUUUCUAGGGGAGACCCAAGGGGCCCUCCCAGGGUUGAUGGCCCUCCAUGUGACUGUACCAGAGACACCCCCAAAGGAGCCCUAUAGCUUGCUUGGUCGUGUUGUCGAGCCAUUCCAGGGACAGUGCUCCCUUUGGCCCUCCCAUUUGCCCUACCACGUGAAGCAUCCCAGGGGCCAUCCCAGGGGUGGCCACGCCCUCAGGGGCCCUCCAAGGGGCUACAGCAACCUUAGGGUUCCUACAAGGAACGACAACACCCCAGGGGCCCUCCCAGGGGCAAUGGCGCCCCCAGAAACCCUCUCAGAGGCGGCAGAGUUCCUAAGGGAGACCCAAGGGGCCCUCCCAGGGUUGAUGGCCCUCCAUGGGACUGUACCAGAGACACCCCCAAAGGAGCCCUAUAGCUUGCUUGGAGCCCUCCAGGGACAGUGCUCCCCUUGGCCCUCCCAUUUGCCCUACCACGUGAAGCAUCCCAGGGGCCAUCCCAGGGGUGGCCACACCCUCAGGGGCCCUCCAAGGGGCUACAGCAACCUUAGGGUUCCUACAAGGAACGACAAAACCCCAGAGGCCCUCCCAGGGGCAAUGGCGCCCCCAGAAACCCUCUCAGAGGCGGCAGAGUUUCUAAGGGAGACCCAAGGGGCCCUCCCAGGGUUGAUGGCCCUCCAUGGGACUGUACCAGUGACACCCCCAAAGAUGCCCUAUAGCUUGCUUGGUCGUGUUGUCGUACAUAUUGCAUACAUCUAG